AUGGUUGACAGCGUUCAGUACUCCCACUACUACCGCGCCGUCUUAAUUCGAAUGUUUUUCUCAUUUCGCCUUUCGCUUUCUCUCCAUCUUCUCUUUCUGCUUUUUUUAAUUCUUUUCCUUUCCGUCACACUUUCUAUUUCUGUCUCUCCCAUUGUCUUUUCUUUCUUUCUUUCUUUCUUUCUUUCUUUCUUUCUUUCUUAUUUCUUUCUUUCUUCUAGCUAUUAUCUCUGUCAUUUUAUUUCUUUUUCUUUCACUUUCCAUAGUAGUUUCUAUCUAUCUAUCUAUCUAUCUAUCUAUCUAUCUAUCUAUCUAUCUAUCUAUCCCUGCUCGUAUCUAUCUAUCACUGCUCCCAUCUAUCUAUCUAUCCCUGCUCCUAUCUAUCUAUCUAUCUAUCUCUAUCUAUCUAUCUAUCUAUCUAUCUAUCUAUCUCUGCUCGUAUCUAUCUAUCUAUCACUGCUCCCAUCUAUCUAUCUAUCUAUCUAUCUAUCUAUCUAUCUAUCUAUCUAUCUAUCUAUCCCUGCUCUUAUCUAUCUAUCUAUCUAUUUUUUUUCUUUGUCCCUCUUUCAUAAUUUCUUUCAGAUUUCUCAAUAUCCUAUCACCGGUCUUUCUUUUUUCUUUCUUUUUUUUUCUCUAUUUUCUUUUUCUUUUUCUUUUUAA